ACUGAAAGGUGGAUGAACGUCACUCAGUCACGUGACUCGGUGAAAGCGUCAAGGGGUGGGUUAAAAAUUGAUUCCCUUCUUUGGAACCACUUGAAAAUUGUACAGUAAUUUGGGACUCAACGUGACCGCAAACCUAACUGUUAACACUUGCGUAACCUAAAAACUUGAUUGAAUAUUUCGCGGGAAAUUUGAAUUGUUUGUCUUGGUAAAGUUGCAAUGGAAGAGCUUCAAGAAUCUGAGCUUGGGAGCCAAGAGUAUUGGGAUAAUCGCUACAAGGAAGAGAUAGAGAACUUUCAAGACCAUGGCGAUCCUGGAGAAAUUUGGUUUGGUGAAGACACAGUCGAGCGACUCAUAAAAUGGAUCGAAAAAAAUGAAACCGCAACUAAGGAAUCAAAAAUUCUUGACGUUGGUUGUGGGAACGGUAUGUUUUUAAUAGAACUGGCCACGGAAGGGUAUACAAAUUUAUUCGGGGUUGAUUACUCAAAAGAUGCCAUAACUUUAGCAAAAUCAAUAGCCCAAAAGCAGGGAUUUGAAAUACAAUAUUCCGAAUGUGAUAUUUUGGAACAUCUGGACGGUCAGUUCGACAUUAUCCAUGAUAAAGGAACAUAUGACGCGAUCAGUUUGAAUGCAAAUAUUAAAGAAUUUAGAGGAAAGUAUUUAGAAAAUGUUCACAAGGCUUUAGACCCGAACGGGUUUUUUAUUAUCACGACAUGUAAUUGGACGAAGGAUGAAUUAAAUGAGCACUUUAGAAAUCAUUUUGUUUGUGUCGAUAAUAUUCCAACGCCUCAAUUUCAGUUCGGGGGGAAAACAGGAAAUACAGUUACGUCUUUGGUUUAUCGAAAAAUAUAGACCGGUUUCGUAAUGCAAGUUUAUUAUUAUUUUUGUGGAACAAUUAUAUUUUGUGUAAAAACAUGAAGUGAUGUUUAAAGACACUAAAAUGUGAUUUUUUUCUACAACUUGUCUGUUUCACACAAGCCAAUUUAGAUAUAAGUAAUUGAAAUAAAUUAUUUGUACGCUAGUAAUUAUGAUUGUAGUGACAUCUAAACUGUACUGAAUAAAUAAAAUUAAGUAUCAACUAA